AACUCAACUGGGCCCAAUUCUUUGGGGGCCAAUUUCAAUUACGGCAAUCUUCUCCGGCCAAGUCCACACCAAUUUCCCCUUUGCUGCAAAGUAGCUCCUCUUCCCUUCUCCUGCGAUAUCCGACUCGUAAGCCCUCUUCUCUCUCUAUCUCAUUUGGUUUUGGUGAAUUACAUGAUGAAUGCUGCAGCAUCAUUGUUUAGGAGGUUAAAUAUCAGAGAGCUGGUAACAGGCACACCUGCUUACAAUACUGCUAGUGAUAUUUCCGGAGAUGGAUUGAGCUUGAUGUUUAGGAGGUGGGCUACCAAAAAGACAGCAGGGUCUACAAAGAAUGGCCGUGAUUCAAAACCGAAGAAUCUAGGCGUGAAGAAAUUUGGUGGAGAGAGAGUGAUACCUGGAAAUAUUAUUGUUCGUCAAAGGGGAACCCGAUUUCAUCCUGGAAACUAUGUUGGAAUUGGGAAGGAUCACACGCUUUAUGCUUUGAAAGAAGGGUGUGUUAAGUUUGAGCACCACAAGCUGAGUGGGCGCAAAUGGGUGCAUGUUGAGCCUAAGGAUGGUCAUGUGCUUCACCCGGUUUACUCAAGCACUACCACUGCUGAGCUGAAGACAGCUACUUAAAUUUCUCUUAUUUGUCAACUGUUUGAGUGAUUCAUGGAUUAUAGAUCUAACAAAAUAAGCCACUAAAAAGGCUGUCUAGUUUUGUAUCUUCUUUAGGUCUCUAGAUUUAAAGCAAAUAAUUUGAAGCGUAGUCCGUGAAAUGAUGUUCUGGCUCAAUUUUUUGAUAAAAUAUAUUGUGUUGGUGGAAGCUUUGUAUGGAUGCGCUUAAUAGCUUUUGGGUUUUCCAUUCUGAGCAUCAUAAACUUGCUGAAACAUUGACAUGGAUUCAAGUGAUGAGACCACAAACACAUUGUCGAUGCCUCUACCUGAAAAUAUCUUUGAUAAAGGUAAGCAGGUAAGAGCUCAUUGUUUGGUCAAGGCAGUUCUAUGAAGCUAAGAAACUAUCAAGGUGGGAGUGAAGCUGCCAACGUGAAUAUGGCGUUUGGGAUAAAUUAUAAUAUUGCCAAUAAGCCUUUUGAAAGGAGGUUAUUUUCUGACACUACAAUCUACAAUUAGGCUUUUAUUUUGCUUUGUAGAGCUGCUAGUUAGAUAUUAGGCUGCAGAGAUACUCACACCUUGGGCUGUUGAUAUUUGCCAAUUAUGUGAACCUUAAGCUGGUGA